AUGGACUCUGAGCGUGAAAACCCUGGCGUAUCGCCGACAUCAGAAGUGGGAUCACAGCCCCAAGACUCUUCAGGGCCUCCAGAUGGGACGACCUUCACUAUGGAACAAGUGAUGGGUCUCCUAACCUCCAUAAUGAAAACUGCCGCGACAAGCGCUGCGAGAGUGACGUUAUCCACGGAGACUGCAUCUUUACGGCGGCACCAUGACUUUUAUCUACCGCCGUUCAACCCUGAUGAGAGAUCACACGACAUCAGAGACUGGUGUGCUAACGUGGACGAGACCAUUACGAAGUUGAAUAUUUCACCCCAUGAAGCUCGAAUGAAGGCCAUCUUGCAAUUGAGAGGACGAGCAAAGACAUGGGCCGACACCUGGUCACUGCAUUCAACCACAUGGGAACAAGUAAAGGAAGAGCUGACUCAUACGUUUGGCAACCAGUUCCGGUAUGCGGACGACGUGCAGAAAUGGCGCAGCUACACUUCCGACCAAGCGAGCAGCUACGCUGAAUAUGCUACAACGGCUUGGACGCUCUUCAGGAGGGUUCGACCAGAAGCUGCCGAUACCGAGGUUGUGGAGGCAAUAAUCACAGGUAUUUUUCCUGAAUUUAUUCGUUCUGAGUUGUUGAGAAAUACCCCCAAUUCGUUUCCCAAAUUAGUAUCGGUUCUAAAAACAUUCCGAAAACGUAAAAUUGAAAAUAGAGAGAGUAAAUAUAAUGAUGUUAAGAAACCACGUGUUACGGGACCUUCAAAGGAACAAGUCGUAUGUUUUAGUUGCAAUAAGCCAGGUCAUUUCUCACGAGACUGCAAAAAUCCCUCAAAAAAUAACCCUGUUAUGUCACAAUCAAAUAAUAAUUUCAAUUCCCGUGGCAGUUCUAGUAACGUUAAGGUUAUUGAGUGCGAAUACUGUCUUCGUAAGGGCCACUUAGAGAAAAAUUGUUACCGCCGUCAAAGUGACGAACGUAAUGCCUCAAAUAAAACGAUUAACUAUUGUUCAUCUAUUAAACGUAGCACUUUUAAUGUAAUAAUUGGUAACAAAAAUUAUAACUGCCUUUUUGAUACAGGAGCUGACUGUUCAUUAAUUCGAGAGAAAAUAGCCGGCUCCGUUGCCGGAAAACGUAAACAAGUUGAUGUGAAGUUUAUCGGUAUUGGGGGUCAAACAGUUAUUUCAAAACAAAGCAUUACAGCUGUAGUUGAAAUUGAUAAUGUUCGCUUAGAGCUCGAGUUUUAUGUAGUGGGUGACAAUGAAACUCAAUUUGACAUCUUAAUAGGUUUUAAUCUUUUAAAAAUACCCGGCCUUAGCGUUACCGUUAGCGAGGACAAUAUAUCUAUUAAUCGCCAAUUUUUUAUCAAUGAAUGUUUAAAUUCGACAUCCUGUUUUGAAUUAGAUACCGACCUUACUAACCCAACACAAAUUAAAGAAAUCUAUCGUAUUAUCAAUAAGUUCAAAGAUAAUUUCACAUCUGGAAAUCGCGUGUCACAGGUGAGCACCGGGGAACUAAAAAUUAGAUUAAAAAAUCCCGAUAAGAUUGUGCAACGCCGACCAUAUCGUUUGUCCCCGAUGGAACGUGAGAAAGUCCGGGAUAUUAUUAAAGACUUAAAAGAAAAUGGCAUAAUAAGAGAUAGCUCAUCACCGUUCAGCAGCCCUAUAUUAUUAGUUAAGAAAAAGGACGGCACGGACCGACUAUGCGUUGAUUUUCGAGAGUUAAAUUCAAAUACCGUUAGAGACAAUUAUCCUUUACCCCUUAUAGCAGACCAAAUUGAUAGAUUAGGCAAAGCUCGAUAUUAUAGUUGCUUAGACAUGGCCUCCGGCUUUCACGGUAUUCCUAUAGCAGAAGACUCUAUCGAGAAGACGGCAUUUGUGACGCCGGAUGGACAGUUUGAAUAUCUUCGAAUGCCAUUCGGUCUUUGCAAUGCUGCGUCGGUGUACCAACGCGCCAUAAAUGCUGCCUUGGGUAAUUAUAAACAUAAUAUUGCUUUAGUUUAUGUUGACGAUAUUUUGGUUGUAUCUGAAUCUGUGCAGCAGGGUUUGAUGAAUUUGAAUCUUGUUUUGACUAGAUUAACUCAGGCUGGAUUUUCUCUAAAUAUUUCCAAAUGUUCUUUUCUCAAAACUAAAAUUGAAUAUCUCGGUAACAUUAUUGAAAAUGGCACUGUUAAGCCAAGCCCAAGAAAAAUUCAGGCUCUUACUGACUCUUUAACACCUAAAACUAUUAAAGAAGUUAGGCAAUUUAACGGCUUAGCAGGCUAUUUCCGAAAAUUUGUACCCAAUUUCUCUAAAAUCAUGGCCCCUUUAUACAACCUUACUAAAACAAAUGUUUCUUUUAAUUGGACUGAACGUCAUGAACUUGCUCGACGAAAAAUAAUUAACAUACUCACAUCUUCCCCAGUUUUAACUAUAUUUGACCCAAAUCUGCCAACUGAGCUACAUACAGAUGCCAGCUCAAUUGGUUAUGGCGCUGUACUGAUUCAGAGAAAAGACAAAAAUCCUUUAGUAGUGGCUUAUUUUAGUAUGAGAACUUCGGAUACAGAGAGUAAAUAUCACUCGUAUGAACUAGAAACUCUUGCUGUGGUUAAGGCUAUAAAACAUUUUCGCCAUUUCCUUUAUGGCCGGUCAUUUAAAGUAGUCACAGACUGCAAUUCCUUAAAAGCUUCGAGUCACAAACGAGACUUAACUCCUAGAGUGCAUAGAUGGUGGGCCUUCUUGCAAAACUUUCAAUUUGAAAUUGAAUACCGCAAGGGUGAUAAACUUGCUCAUGCUGACUUCUUCAGUCGUAACCCAAUUAAUAAUUCUAAUGGACGUCAAUUAAAUCAGUGUUUAGAAUCUAAUAAAACAAGUUCCUUAAUUUUGACCAUUAAUACCGCUACCCUUGACCAUAACUGGCUCCUUAUAGAACAAAAGCGCGAUUCAACUCUAGCUAGUAUUGUAAAACAAUUGAAAGGUGAUUCGAUUCCCAAAAAUAUCGCAGAAACUUACGUUAUACUCCAGGACAAAUUACUGAGACGUAAAGUACAAAUUAAUAACAAGACACAUAAGUUAAUUAUAGUCCCACGUAAUUAUAGAUGGAGUCUUAUAUCCCAUUAUCAUGAUAAUCUUCAACAUUUUGGCUGGGAAAAGAUUGUUGAAAAAUUACGAGAGCAGUAUUGGUUCCCUAAUAUGACCAGGUUAGUUAGAAAAUUUGUAGAAAAUUGCGUUAUGUGUAGAGUAAGAAAAGGAGUAUCUGGCGCUAGACAGGUUACUUUACAUCCCAUUAACAAAAUAGCUAUUCCUUUCCAUACCGUUCAUGCAGAUAUAACUGGAAGAAUGAACGGAAAACGUAACGAACCUGAAUAUGCUUUUGUAUUUAUUGACGGCUUCACUAAGUAUGUCCAUAUGAUUUAUACAAAUGAUCGUACUAGUGAAACUGCUAUUAAAUGUUUUCAAAAUCUAAUUUCAAUAUUUGGCCCUCCAUCACGAUUAAUUACUGACCAAGAUAAAAGCAUGACUUCUACAGAGUUUAAUAACUUUUGCGAACGGUAUGGGAUUCAACACCACGUAGUAGCAAAGGGAGCUAGUAGGGCCAACGGUCAGGUUGAGCGAUUAAUGAAAGUUAUAAAGGAUAACAUGUCUGUUAUUGAACUAAGUAGGCCAUGGCACACAGCUUUACAAGAAUUACAAUUAGCUAUAAACUGCACAAUAUCAAAAAGUACAGGUAAAAGUCCCAUGGAAUUAUUAUUAGGAAAAAGACGUUCCCCACCUGCCAUUAAAAUAUUGCAAAUUGACGAUGACAUACUAACAGACGACUUAGAGGAAGUUAGAUUGAUUGCUAAAAAACGGAUGGACGAGCGGUCCCUUAAUGAUAAAACUCGUUUUGAUAAAGGUAAAGCCACAAUCCACCCAUUUAAAGUCGGUGAUUUCGUCUUAAUGCGGCGCCAUGAACGACACACUACUAAGUUAGGCUCUAAAUUUGAAGGUCCAAUGGAAAUUUUAGAAAUAUUACCAAAUGAUCGAUAUAGACUUAAACAUGUUAACCUUCGUGGCUGUUCAGAAAAGAUCGCAAGUCACGAUGCCUUGCGUCCUGCUCCUAUAGCUCAAUCAGACCCUUUUAAUGAUUCUGACAACUCAGACGAAUUGACCGUAUGGGCAGAGAAGUCGGUGGAGACCGAGGGUGCUUCCACUUCCUUCGCGGACAAUGUUGGUUCUAUAUGA